CAUAUUCUUUGAUAACCAGGUUUUGAUUCUGACUUUUGAAGAUGGAUGAAGGUAUAGAAAUUUCAAGUGAUGGAAAUUCCCUGAUCAAAGCAGUCCAUCAGAGCCGGCUUCGCCUCACAAGACUCUUGCUAGAAGGUGGUGCAUACAUUAAUGAGAGCAAUGACCGUGGGGAAACACCUUUAAUGAUCGCUUGUAAGACCAAACAUGUUGAUCACCAGAGUGUCAGUAAAGCCAAAAUGGUUAAAUACCUGUUAGAAAACAAUGCUGACCCCAACAUACAGGACAAAUCUGGGAAAACUGCUUUGAUGCAUGCUUGCUUAGAAAAAGCCGGUCCUGAAGUUGUUUCCCUGCUCCUAAACAGUGGGGCUGAUCUCAGCUUGCAAGAUCAUUCUAGUUACUCAGCCCUUGUUUAUGCUAUAAAUUCAGAGGAUAGAGAGACCCUGAAAGUUCUACUUAGUGCUUGCAAGGCAAAAGGGAAAGAGGUCAUUAUUAUAACGACAGCAAAAUCACCCUCCGGUAGGCACACUACCAAACAGUACUUAAAUAUGCCUCCUGUAGAUAUGGAUGGGUGUCAUUCCCCAGCCUCCUGUGCCACUCCUUCAGAAAUAGACAUAAAAACAGCUUCGUUGCCACUUACACAUUCUUCUGAAACUGAAAUGACACUUUUUGGCUUUAAAGGUCUGGAGCUCUCAGGAAAUAGUGAUGACACACAGGACCCAGGCUCCCCUGUGAGGAAGGCUUCUGUGGCCUCUAAUGGUCCCAAGCUACCCCAGGCUCCAACCUGGAUCAAGAGUCCUCCCUUAUUCAUGCACCAAAACAGAGUGGCCUCCUUGCAAGAGGAGCUCCAGGAUAUUACUCCAGAGGAAGAAUUGUCCUACAAAACCAAUGGGCUGGCACUUUCCAAGCGAUUCAUCACUAGGCACCAAAGUAUUGAUGUAAAAGACACUGCACAUUUGCUGAGAGCCUUAGAUCAGGCCAGCUCAAGAAAGAUGUCAUAUGAUGAAAUAAAUUAUCAAUCAUUUUUUUCAGAAGGAAAUCAGCAAUGCAUUGAAAUCCCUGCUGAGCCAGAUCCAGACUCUAACCAGACGAUAUUUGCUUCCACCUUAAGAAGUAUAGUCCAAAAAAGAAACUCAGGGGCAAAUCACUACAGCUCUGAUUCCCAGCUCUCGGCUGGUCUUACCCCUGCAACUUUAGAAGAUGGCAAAGCACUUAUAGGAAAGAAAAAGAUCCUCUCACCGUCUCCUUCCCUGUUGUCAGGGCCCAAAGAAUUGUUGGAGAAUAUCUCACCAGGUCCCUUGAGCAGGAGAAAUCAUGCAAUUUUAGAAAGGCGUGGUUCAGGAGCUUUCCCUUUAGAUCACGGUAUCACACAAGCCAGACCAGGAUUUCUGCCACCCUUAAAUGUGAAUCCUCAUCCCCCCAUCUCUGAUAUCAAUGUCAAUAAUAAGAUUUCCAGCCUCCUUUCUUGUGGUCAAAAAGUGCUAAUGCCAACAGUUCCUAUGUUCCCCAAAGAAUUCAAAAGUAAAAAAAUGUUGUUAAGGAGACAAUCACUGCAAACAGAACAAAUUAAGCAAUUAGUAAAUUUUUAAGAGAUGACUAGAAAGCACAUUUUGUUCAAAUGUCUACAUCAGAGAAAUAUAGAACCAGAAAAUAAAUCUCAAAUGUUCAUCUUUUAAAAUCCUAUAAUUGGUUAGUCCAUAAUUGUUAGAGGUAUCAAAAUAUACUGUGUAUCAUAUUAGGUACCGUGGACACACAAAUAAUACAUAGUUUCUGCUAAGGAAAUUCUCUCAAACAAAAUUAAAGCUAUACUUCUCAAAACCUCUAAUAUUUAACAAUCUUCAUAUGGUCCAAGUUUUUAAUUUAAGCAAAAAUCAGCAAAAAAAAAAAAAAAAAAAAGUCACAUGUGGUGGAGAUGACUUUAAAAUUUUUUUCAGAUUUUUCAGAUAUUUUAUUAGGAAACACUGCAUUCAAAUCAAUAAAUAUUUUUAACAUUAAAAGUCAACAAAUAAGAUUGUAACUUCCAUGAUGCCAAAAGCAUAAAAAAAAAAGGGAUAGCUAUUAAAAUGUUCUAUGAACAAUAAGCCAAAGGUACAAAGCCUAAGGCAUAAAGAAAGAAUGAACUAAUUCUUAAAAAAUGUUGACUGUAGGUAGGUGAAAUCUAAUUAAAAUUAAAAAUUUUUUUCUAAUUCAAAUUUUAAAAAGACCAACCUAUUAUAGUAGACUAGGCAGCCAAUAUUCGUAUGGUCAGUUUAAUCAACUCCAAGUGACAGAUCAGUUUUACAAGCUAGUAAUAAUCUAUGUGAAGUGCUGGUGUGCUGUUUUUUGCUUUAUUUUGAUUUUAAUGUAAUUUCAUGGAAUUGUUUCUCCAUAUCUUUUAAUUCCUGCUAUUAUUUUUUAAAGCCUAUAUAUAGGUUCUCAACAACAAGAUAAAGCAAAAGGUUUAAAAGUGUUCCUCUUUACUUAUAUCAAAUUACUCUUGUCGUUCUAAGGACAACCAAAAAAUGGGAAUUUAUCACAAAUAGAAACUAUAUGCUUGCUUCGUUUUAGAAAAGAAAAGCUGAUUAUUAGAUUAUCUUAGAUUAGCUAAAAUUAAGAAAGCCAGUAGAAACUUAAUUACAAAAUAUACUAAAUAUUCGGCCAAAAUUAAACAGUAUCUUUAAUUUCUAAUAUAUAAUCAUUAGAUAUUUAUAUAAUAAGAAUAAUAAGGGUAAUUUCCUUAGCGUGACAUUCCAAUCACCUAGUAUUUAGGACCUAUGAAUAACUUCUAAUUAAAUAAAUGAAUACCAUGCUACUAUCAUAAAAUGUUACAAAAUGACUAUAUUAUCUGUCUGAUUUCAAAAUGUGGUGUUUAUACAAAAAAUCCUCAUUUCAAUCUAGCAGUUUUACAACAAAGAAUAAGUCAAAUUAUAUAAAACCUGAGUAUAUUAAUUUGAUGACUGUCAUAUACAACUUUAUUUCUUUGCCUAUUAGUAGAGGAUAUCCUAACAAUUGGCAUGAUACUUGGUAAUUUGAUAUAAGCAAGUUGUAAUGUACAUGGUAAUUAUUUAAUUUCUUGUGGCUUUUAUUUGAAAAAAAUAAUUGGAGGUUUUCCAUUUAAUGUUUUGAAGAACAAUAAUGUAAAUUACAUUAGAAAUAUUUUUUGAUUCAGAACUUAGAAUUGUACCUGAUGUUUAUAGGUAGCUAAACCCUUUUUGCAAGUUUUAAUAUUGAGAAAAGUGCUUGGCUUUGAGUUGUAAGGAUAUAGUCUGGAAAAAUAUGUAAAUAGAGUAGUUCAUAAACAAAUUGGUAUCAAUAAAGAUUUUAA